GAUGCAACUGCGUGGCCAGAGAUUGCGCAGAGUCCAUGUUUGUGAAACAUGACACGCGGAGCCACACCGCCGAUGGACGACCACACCAAGGAUGCUUUUCCAAGUGGCCUUCAAUCCUGGGCUACGAUGCCAGCAGAGGAAGUCUGGCAGCCCCUUCUCAGUGGUGUUCUGCAGGAGUUUGACCACCGCGUGGACCUUCCGCGACAUAGCAAACUCCUGGAGCAGGUCAAUGUCACCACAUUGAUUUCCGCUGAACAAGUCGUGUUGGCUAUUCAGCAGGAAAUGCGCAGUGCUGGCAGGAUGUCCAACACCCUGGAAUCUGGACGUGAACUUUCUACUGUGGCCUUUGAUCUCGCCGCCUUUACGAACAGUGCUGGACCGUACACACUCAAUGAGAUCUACCAGACAUUCAGCUUCUGCGACAAGAUCCAGAGCAUCCAAGACCAUGCCACCAAGGAGCUCCAGCGCCGGCUCCACAUGCCUGGCAUGUUUGGUUUCUGCGCCAAGGCGGUUCCGACGCUUCAUGCUGAAGGUUCACUUUGGAGUACUUGCGCUACGCUGUUGAACGAGGAUGAGGUGAAACCAAAGCCUGAAGAUGGCAUGGAGUCAGCCUCCAUCGAGGAGGAAGCCGAGCUAGGAUCCCAUGCCAGAGAAAGGUGGACACCUCCAAAUCGUGAAGAGAUGCAACUCUUCCUUCGUGCCGGGGCGCACCUGAACCACCCGGAUGAUGGAGGGGAGACCGUUUUGAUGGUGGCUUGUCGGGCAGCCUGCCUCUGGGCCUCUGAGGAGCCAGAAACUCAGCCAGAUUGGAACACCGCUCAUCCCCAGGAUGUGGCCUUUGCUGAGACUGUCAGCUGCGUCUGUGAGGAGGCGCCCUCGACAUGGUCGACGGAAGAUCGGAUCGGCAGGACGCCAUUGGGCCUCCUAGCAGAGGUUUUUCAAGACAGCUUGCAGGGUAUGGUUCCCAUUGCAACGCUCAGAGCAUUGCUUGAUGGUCUCAGCACGUGUUUCUCCAAAGCACCGAGCUCCAUUAUUUGGGCACUCAGGUGUAGCGAUUCUUUGCGAAACGCAGCUGAGACUUUGAGCCGCUUCUUCAUCAAGGAGCAACUGACUUUGCCGGUUCAACUGACCCGACUAUUGCUUUGGAUGGAAGUGGUCAUGGGUGGAGCCUGGGAGGCCAGCGAAGAUCAGCGACACCUCACAGAAAGAUUGCUGAUGGACUCGGUAACCCUAGACAUCGAGGACAUCAUGGAUUCAGCAAUCCGUCUUCGUGAGUUUUCCGACCAGAUGGAGAAGAAAGUGGAGGAAUGGGAAGCAGAAGAAGCAGAAUUAAAGCUGGCGGAGUUCGAGGCUCGGUGCGCAAAGAAAGCGAGCCAAUACGAGGACCGCAUCGCGCGCCUGGAAGCUGAAAUCGCCCGGCGCGCUGGCAACUUGCAGCUGUUGCCACAGCUCCAGCUGUCGCCUCAAGAGGUUGAGAAGAAGGAUGCGGAUGCAGAUGCAGAUGCGGAUGCGAAAUUGGAAGAAAAACCAAUCAAGAAGCCACCAGCAAAGCCUCAGGGACGUGUUCUCGAAGAGGCCAAACAAGUGGUCGAAGACAUUCGAUCGGACAGGCUGGUGAACUCUGGUUGGGACGAAGGAGUUUCCGAAGAAGUGAAGAGUGGACUUCUCGCCCUGCGAAGGUCACUCUGUGCAGCAGUCGAAAGGCUGGCAAUGGAUCUUUAUGCAGAUGAAUGCCAUUGUCUGUGGGAGCUCAUGCAAAAUGCAGAUGACAACAAGUACACGGGUGAAGCAGUUCCAGAGCUCACCUUGGCGCUGGAAGUGGACGAAGAGCGAGCCUACGUUUGGACCUCCAACAACGAGAUUGGACUAUCUUCAGAGGACGUGCGAGCUAUCUGCAAUGUAAAUGCGAGCCUCAAAGGUGCUGGGCAGACUGGUCACAAGGGUAUUGGUUGGAAGAGCGUCUUCCGCAUCAGUGACUGUCCACAUGUUCUGUCAAAUGCCUUCGCGUUUAAGUUUGACACGCGAGGGCCUUUAGGCAAGCUGGCGCUUGUAACUCCAACAAAUCUCUCUGACGAGGAGGUGGAGGCUUUACCUGCUCCUGUUCGUGAAGCAAAGGCUGCUGGCAAUACUGUGAUGUUCCUCCCCUUACGCUCCAAGAGUGAUGCCUUGGCCGUGGAUGUGGAACUGCGGCACAUCGCCGCGCAACAUUUGUGCCUGGCCUUUCUUCGGCGCCUACGACGUGUUCGGCUUCAUUUUACAGAAGGCUCCAUGCUCUUACAGCGCUCCGAGGCUGAUCUUGCAAAGCUCUACUUUCCGGGGGCAUCAAACUUGGUAGCUGUGAAGAUCACAGAGUUCACUGAGGCGGGAGAGAAGAGGACCCAAAUGCCAGAGUAUGUGCUGCAUCACCACAAUGUGGCUCUACCGGGUGAGACAGUGGCUCUUACACUGGCUUUCCCGGUGGCCUUUGCCUUGGAUACCACCCAAGGCAGCGAAGAGGAUGAGGAGCUCUUCAAGGCACCCUUGCAGCCCCUUUUCACCUUCUUGCCUGUGAAAGUGGUGGGCUUCCGCUUUGCCAUCCAAGGUCCCUUUGACCUCACCGCAGAUCGUGGGAACCUUCAUGGGAAGUCACAGCGCAAUCGGUCCCUUUGUGCUUCUGUUCCGCUGGCAUUCCAAGCGGCUCUACAAAACUUGCCUGGCCUGAGAAGCCGCGCACUGGACCUGCUCGGGCAAGAAACGCCAGAGGCCACCUGGCUACUGGUCCGAGGACAGUUGCUGGAGGUGCUGAAGGAAGUUGAAUGCAUCCCAACUGAACCUGAUGGGCAACUUGCACGUCCAGGAGAAUGCUUGCUUCCUGCAGAGGAGCCGAAGUUGGCAGAGGCUAUGCAGCAUUUACCACCUGAUGUCCUUUGGGAUCAUUGCGGACGACGGCUUGUUCAACGACAGUGGGCGUUGCGCCAUCGAGCACAAACUCAGGGCUUAGGCUUAGAGGAGUUUGGUAUCGACCAAUGGCUCCAAGUUCUGCAGGAGACGGAGAGCAGCGGCAAGAGGAGCCUGGUGGCAGAUGCUGCAAAGAAGGAGGACCAUGGCUUCUUUAAGCGACUUUUUGCUCUGCUGGGAACAGCUUUAACAGAGAAGCCCGAGGUCUUGGAGGGCCUGUGCCAAGUGCCGCUGCUGCCAGAUUCUGCAGGAAAUGUGCUUCGAGUCUCUGAUGGGCCAGUUUUUUCCUCCUAUGCUUCCGACGUGCCUAAGUGCUGGCAGAAGAAGCUAGAGGCGGUAGGCGCACUGCGUGUGCUGAACGACAAAGUCCACAGUGGCUUGGAGGCCGCAGGGCAACGCUUCCUGCGGCAGCUUGGCGUUUCCAGGCUAACCCGUCAAAGCCUAGUCCCUUUGUGUGCAAGCUGGCACUUGGGUUUGGCGGAUGGCAAUUUUCAAAGUGGCGGUAGCAGCAGCAGCACAGCUCUGCCAAGGUCUUCAGAGACAUCUGUAGAGCUUGACGAGACGGGGUCUCCAGCUGAAGGAGUGAAAAGUUGUCCGUCAGGUACCUUGAGGUGUGCGGUCUGGGCCAGCUUGGCCUGCCUGCGCCAGCACUUUCUGACGGGCGCAACUGGGGUGCCAAGCCAGGACAAGAAGGAAGAGGUGCCCUGGUCCGAUCUUGGGCAGUUGUUGGUGCCAUCCAGCAGCAUUCGCAGUGGCCUGGGUCCCUGUGCGCGGCUCACGUGCCCCACCUACUUCGGUGAAGCUGCGGGCAGCGAGCUGCAGCAGGAUGUACUGGUGGCCAUCAUGGGCUUCAUCUAUGGCGUUGAGGCGGAAGUUCGGGACAUUGGAGUCUUUGCUGAUGCUCCACCUGUUUGGCUCCGGGAAGAACAGGAAUCGGUGAAGAGCGAGGUCGCGGACAAGCUGAACUGGGAGGCUUUCCUUGAUGCCCUAGGCAUGAAACCCUUGUCUCCUUGCACCUUCCACCGGAAAGUUGCUGGGACAGUCUUGACAAUCGAUCUGGGUUGGCGGCUCUCCAGCUGUGAGUGGUGGCGAGCAGUUUGUGCAUCUUCCACAGCUUUGAACUACAUCGAGCUGCGUCUGAAGAACGCUGACCGGGUCGAGUUGACGUGGCUUCGUCAGUUGCGCACCCCGGAACGCGUGGACGUUUCUGAGCUCUUCUUGCGAAGCACGUACGUGCGCUAUGGUGGCCACUUUUUGCCAUACAUGGACAUGGAGGAGAGUGAAGCUCUCAGCUGCUUGCAGCGGCUUCAGGUGGCAACUGAGCUCAACGGCCCGGGACUGCGGAAAUGUCUGCGUGUUUUGCAGCUGCGUCGCUGCCACGACAUCAGCGUCUUCGCAGACCUCUAUGCUGCCUUGCAGGCCUUGCCCAAGGCAGAGCAAUCCUCGACAAAUUCCUGGGGAGCUUCGGAGAAUCCAGCACAGUUCCAGGUGUUUCUUCCGCCAAGCAACUUCGAAAUCGCCCAGAAGUGUCUGUGGACUGACGAUGGCCGCAGCUGCCUUCGCUGGCUCUGUGGCUACCAUGUGCUGCUGCCGGAAUAUGGCCGGUUUGGAAGCGCUUGCAGAUCUUGGCUACUGGGGCCACACGUUGGAGUGCGGCAAGAUUUGAAUUCCCUGGAGGCCUCUGACUUUUUGAAAGCCCUACGAUCACUUGUGGAGCAGGCAGACAUUGCCAGUCGCAUGGAAGAGCGACAAAAGCGCCUUAGAGGUCGAGACUCGCCCAGUGCAGCAGUUUUCUUGGAAGAGUUGCAGUCAACCGCAGUCCACGCGUACAAAUACUUGGCCAAGUGCUGUGUUGUCGAGAGUGAGGAGGAAAGGAGUCGCGCAAAUAGUGCAACUGCUCUUGCUUUCCAACAUGAGGCCUUGAUUGUGCUUACGGACAAGGACUGGCCGAAACCAAAAAGGUUGAAGACACACGAGGCCUUUUGGGAUGUUCACCCAGAUCUUGCCUCGUCAAAAGCUGCAAAGUUGGCCCUGAAGGGACGCCUGCCUCCAGACGACUUGGACUUGCUGAAAAAGUUCUUCGUGAAUGUUGUGGGCAUUCCGGAGAGCCUCACACAGCAAGACCUGGAAGCACGCCUUCGUGUCCCGUUGAGUCAGGAGCAACGUCAGGAGAGCAGCUGGCAUGAAGGCUUCGGGCUGGCAGACUUCGAGGAUUUUGCCACUGUGCGGCGUGGUCCAGGUGUUCUCGGUCCUGGUUCAGGAGAAGAAGACUUCUUUCGGCAUGCUGACGAUCUACCUUCAGGAGAAUUUGGUUCUUCAUCCAUGGGAUCUUCAGGGUACCAAAGCCAAUCAGGUGGACAUGCAGCCAAUCCAGGAGGAGGACACAGCAGCUUUGCAGCUUCGAGUGGCUCCCAGGAGGCAGGAAGUUCUGCUGACGAAGCAAGGAAUACGAGGCAAGAUGCUGAUACAGAUGGCGCAGCUAGAGCAUCAGGCAGUGCCGAGCCUCCCGCUGAUGAAGCUCCGUCAGGAGAGCCACAAGAGACCAUUCCGGAAGAGGAAGAGGAGCCAGAGGAGGAAGAGGAGGAGGAAUUUGAUUGGGAUGGUCAAGAUGCAAACGAUCCCUACAAGGUGCUGCAUGUGGAGAAGGAUGCUAGUGAUGAAACCAUCAAGCGAGCGUACAAAAGGCUUGCGCUGAAAUAUCACCCUGACAAGAACAGAGGCAGCGAGAUUGCCCAGAAGCGUUUCCAGGUCAUUGCCGCUGCCUACGAAACUCUCAGGGACCCUGAGAGGAGGAGGGCCUAUGACGAAGCAGCUGCAGCACGUGAGUACGCAAGCCAGGAGCAGGAUCGACCAACGCCUGAAUGGAAGCCAAAGGUCUCUGUGGAAAAAGCUCGAGAGAUGUUUCGAAGCUUCUUUGGAGACAGAGAGACCGUUUCGGAGGCAGCACUGCCGCGGCGUCCUCCUGCCACACCUAUGCAAGAGGCUGCUCCACGUCCAGCAGAUUCGUCACACGCAGCAGCUUCAUCAUGUGCAGCAGGUUCAUCAGGAAAGAAAAAGACCCUCUCAAAAGAAGAGUACAAGCAGCUUUUGAAUCAGCUUCAAGAAGCAGAAGAGACAGCCAAGAUGUGGAAUGAGGAGGUGGAAUUGGCUCGUCAGCAACUCUCAGAAGCAGAAGCAACCCGGGACCGUUACUUGCGCAUUCUGCAAGAGUGCUACGAUCGCACCACACGGAGUUAACUCGGAGAUCUGGAAGGACUUUUGCGCCAGAGCCUUCAGCCAGUUGAAACAUAACCUGGCUCGAUGUGACUUGUACAUACGGGAUAUCUUUGGUCAAGGGCUUUCCGACUGCAAGCAGCAGAAGAUUUUGGGAGCUUGGGGUGUCUCCAAAUUUG